GGUCAUAAUGGAAAAAUUUAGAACAACCAGUUUACUGCACUUAACGAUCGGUCUGGGUGCUGCCGGCAGCGAUAUUGGCAUUUUUGCAACAGUCAACUUAGCCGCCCUAACCCAGACCUUCAAUGAAAACGAAAGUGGACCAACAUCAACCAUACAUUUUGCAACGAUACAUGAUCGAGUAUAAAAUCGCCGAAACUUCGAGUAAAGAAUCAGUUUUGUGAUUUGGUUUCUUAUCGAGCUCACCUAUCAUUUCAAUCCUCAGAAUGUACAAGGUUAUCAUCUUUGCCGCUUGUAUUGCCAUUGCAAGGGCCGGACAUUUGUAUUCGGCACCCGCCGCUUAUCACGCCGCCCCAGUUGCUACAUACGCAGCUGCCGCUCCCGUGGCGCAUUAUUCUUCUGCACCUGCAGUUAGCAGCUCGUACAUUCAUCAAACUCAUGCCGACGUCCAUGCCGCUCCAGUUCACGCUGCCGUCCAUGCUGCCCCAGUCGCCGCCGUUCACGCCGCUCCAGUAGCAGCUUACCAUUCAGCCGCCGUUCAUGCUGCACCAGUUGCCGCCGUCCACGCUGCACCAGUGGCUGCCUAUCACGCCGCCCCAGUAGCAGCCUAUCACGCCGCCCCAGUGGCAGCCUACCACGCCGCCCCAGUAGCAGUCCACGCACCCGCUAUCGGCGCAACCCAACAAAGUGUGAUCCGUUCUUAUGGAGGAAACCAGGCCGUGUCUCACUACUCUAAAGCCGUAGACAGCGCUUUCUCCAGCGUACGCAAAUACGAUACCCGCAUCACCAACGAUGCUCUAGCUGUAGCACCAGUUGCAACUUACGCUCACGCCGCUCCCCUCGCCUACGCUCAUCAUGCUGCUCCAGUUGCAACCUAUGCCGCUCACGCACCAGUCAUCGCCAAAACUGCCGCAGUAGCUUACUCGCCCGCCGCUGUUGUUUCUCAUGCCUCUUUCAGUGGUCUUGGUGCUCAUUAUGCCUGGUAAGAAAUCAAAACCCGAUGAACGACUGUAAAUAUUUAUUUAUGAAUGUAAAUUAAAAAAUAGAUGCGUGAUGAUGAUUUU